GCGUCGGCGCGCGGCGUGGUUGUGUAGUGUCUGCCAGUCCACACGGUUGUCCGCGAAGCGUGUGUGCGUGAGUGGGAUGGUGGCGUGCUGAACUGAGCAGGGCGGCCCAGCUCCUCUGACCGGACAGCGGCUGCUGCGCUACAGCUAGACAUGAUGCCGCAGCCCGAGGCGGCGGUGCUCGCCACGCAGAACUGCGUGGCGCGCGCGCUGUACGACAACAUCGCAGAGUCGCCGGACGAGCUGGCAUUCCGGCGCGGCGACCUUCUCACCGUACUCGAGCAAAACACGGCCGGCAUCCAGGGCUGGUGGCUCUGCUCGCUUCGCGGACGGCAGGGUAUAUGUCCCGGUAACAGGCUACGUCUGUUGGCCGGAGUGUACGACACGGGAGGCGAGACCGUGGUGGCAGACCUCAACACCCUGCAGCGGCAGGGCAAGCGUCGCAGCUGGCAUGUGCAGCCCAACAAGGUGCUGACCCCGCAGAAGGUGGGCGACGUGUACCUGUACGACCUGCCGCCGCAGCGCGGCGCGCCUUGUCGCUUUGCAGGCGGGGAGUCGUACGACGUGCCGCGCGGCUGCUACGACACGCCGCGCUACCCGCGGCCCACGGCCGUCGUGCCGCCCGCCCCCGCCUCCGCCCCCGCCGCCCCCGGCCCGCAGCCCUGCCCGGACAGCUACGACGUGCCGCGACCGCUGGGCGCGCCGCUCACGCCCUCCUCGUCGGCGUCGUCGCUGACGGCCGACUCGUCGCUGCCCGGCUCCAACCGCUCCAGCCUGCUCGCCGCCGAGUACGACGUGCCGCGCCCCCAGCGGCCCGCCUUCACCACGCCGCCACCGCCCCCGCCGCAGACGCCCCCGCAUCCCGACAAGCAGCAGCAACACCAGCAACAGCUGUACGACGUGCCGCCGGCGAGCAGCCCGCUGCCGCUGGAGCUGGGCUCUGCGCUGGACUCGCUGGAGCGGCUGCAGGCGGAGGCGGCGGGCGCGACGUCGCGGCUGCUGGGGCUGGCGGGCCCGCAGUGGCGGCGGCGCGACCGGCUGGAGGCGCGCCUCAUGGACGUGCGGCUGGCGGCGGUGCGGCUGCGCUCGUCGCUGCACGACCUGGCAGACUUCUGCGAGGGCGCGCUGGGCAACGCGGCGCGCGCGCCCGACAAGGCGCUCGCCCCCAAGCUGCGGCCGCUGGCGCGCGCGCUGCGAGACGCCGACCGCCUCGUGCAGGACGCGGCCGCGCAGCUCGACGCCGCCAACUGGGACCUCGACCGCCUCGCCAGGGACCAGGGUGAAGAGAACUGCCGCACACCAGAUGCUCUGGACCAGCUGGUUGCAUGUGCGCGUGCUCUCACAGAGGAUGUGCGCCAAGCUGCCUCCUUCAUCCAGGGUAACUCAACGUUACUAUUCAAGCGUGCUGCUUCACCUCCACCGCCAAGCAGUGGUUCUGAUUGGCUGGAGGACUAUGACUAUGUCAACCUAGAGUCACGAGAAAGUGUUGCACGGCAAGAUGCAGAGAUCCUCGACUCCCUACCAGCUGAGUUGCGUAAAUCGUAUGACGCUCUUGUCAAGGAGGCAGAGUCUGCUGCUGUCAUAGGAGAGCCUAAACAAACCACCGAAACAACACCACCAGCAGAUGGAAGUUCUGAGCUGGAUGCCAACGAUCGACAGGUUUUAGCAUUUUAUGCUGCACAAACAGCCACACAUUCUGCAUUAUUGACCCACGCUAUUGAUGCAUUUCUCCAGACUGUUGAACGUAAUCAGCCACCGAAAGUGUUUUUGGCACAUGGGAAGUUUGUAGUCCUCAGUGCCCAUCGCCUAGUGCAUAUUGGUGACACUGUCCACCGGAAUGUUGUCCACCCAGGUGUGCGUGCACGAGUCCUCACCUGUGCAAAUGCGCUAAGUGAAGCUCUUGCCACAACUGUUGCAAAGACCAAACGUGCUGCUCUUCAUUUCCCUUCUGUCACAGCAGUGCAGGAGAUGGUUGACUCAGUUGUGGAUGUUUCCCAUCUUGCUCGAGAUCUCAAACUUAGUCUUAUUCACCAGUAAUAGCAAAACAUAUUGCAUAAGGCAUUAAAUUGAAAGAUGAACAAUUUUGAGGUGGGUUUUUCCCUCAUAGUCAUGAAAUGUGACUGAUUAUUCAUUCCUGUGAAGUAAUGGACAUGCCUGUGGAACAAGUUCCCCUAUGAAAGAUGAACUUUUGAUUGCACAAUGACAGUGCAAAUGUCUGUAUAAUCUGAGCAGCCUGCUUAAUAGUAAUCAGAGUAUCAAUAAUGGCGUCCGCAGUGUAGAGUAAGGGUGAGAGGAAGUUUGUGCUCGUAGUUUGAAAAUACUUACUGUGCUAUUACUAUGUUCAUCAGUAACAGUUUCAUUCACUGCAUGUAUGCAGAUUUGAAGUAAGAUGAAUAAUGAUUGUGUAUCUAUGGUAUAAUAUUGUAUGAUGUGCAAAUAUUUGUUGUUCUUUUUUCUCAUUCUGAACAUUUGCUAUAGAAAAGUAUUACAAUAUUUACUCCUUUGAAGGAACAUAGUUGUAGAUAUGCAGCUAUACUGUAGCAGCUCUUGUAAUAUAUUAUCUUCUUCCAUGUCUUGUAGAAUCUUAAAAGUCAUUUAAGACUGACAGAUAAUUUAUUGCCAUUGAGCAUGUCAUUAUAUAGAUUUGCUGAUGAAUUUGUGUAUUUAUAAUGUCCUUUUUAAUCAAAAGCUGAAGGAAGGUGGAAGAAAUGUAAUUUUCUGUGGAAUUUCCAUCUUUGAAGAUGUGGAGUGCUGUUGAUGAUGUUUUAUUUUCAUGCUGAUUUAUGUAAUAUUCAGCUACUGAACAGUUUAGCAGUUUUACUGCUCUGCUGUUAAAAUAUACUGGCUGUAUCCUGUAUUUCAGUACAAUAAAUGUAAUGUAUUAUAUAAAAAAAUUAAGUAAUU